UAUCAACACCUCGGCUGACUUCCUGGUUUCUAGCAGUCUUCGAUACACACUCACACACACACUGACAGAGAGGGAGGGAACAGUGAAGUCGUCUUACUUCUCUCUGAGUGCGUGUGUGUGUCUGUGUGUGUGCAACUCACACUGAGGAUUUCUACGACACUUUCGGGAUAUGUGCAGUUUCUGUGCAGGAUCCCUCCGCUGUUCCCGCCUCUCUGGAGCUGCUGUUUGAAUGUUUUCGGAACUUUUUACAGAGUUUUUCCUCCAUGUUUGCUGUCAUGCAGUCAGAACCCGGCAGUGAGUGUGUGAAGGCGGACUGAGAACACAGGUUGAAUGUUAAUAGUUGAAGCCUCCAGCUGCAUGAAGAGGUUCUAGUUUCUGUAGUUUUCUCACGGAGAGAGAAGGCGAGAGGACAGGGGAGACACUUUGAACCUGAGUGUGUGCGCGGAUCCAGGAUCAGCUCAGGAUGUCUGACUCUGCCUCCAGUUUCCUGCACAUCGGGGAUAUCGUGUCCCUGUACGCAGAGGGCACGGUGAACGGCUUCAUCAGCACCCUGGGGUUGGUAGAUGACCGCUGUGUGGUCGAACCGGCUGCUGGAGAUCUUGAGAAUCCUCCAAAGAAAUUCAGAGACUGCCUGUUCAAGGUUUGUCCCAUGAGUCGAUACUCGGCUCAGAAACAGUUCUGGAAAGCCAAACAAGCCAAACAUGAGAAGGACAAGAUCGCUGACGUGGUGCUGCUGCAGAAACUACAGCAUGCGUCCAACCUGGAGCAGAAGCAGAACGAGACAGAAAACAAGAAAGUCCACGGAGACGUUGUCAAAUAUGGAACAGUCAUGCAG